GACCAGUAGCUUGCUGCCCGUGGUACCUUGCUAAAUAACUAGCUAGCAUCAGUGCUGUCACGACAAGCUUGUGCUCGCAUCUGCUUACAGUUAACGGAACGCGUUACAAGUAACGUUAACGUAAACACGUCUUCUUCUUUUUUAACGAUGUACGCGCAUUCUGUGGCGGUUUGAGACAUUAUGUUUUUUCGGCAUCCGACACAAAAUCAAGUUCCUGAGUACAUGGCGCUAACUACCCAAAAGGGAGAUCAAAUUAGGAUAGUCAAGUUAAAUAUGGGGAUUCCCAGCUCUUGUAAUGGCCACCUCAGGCUACGUAGGUGAGAUACAGCCAGCAGCCCAACCCCAGGGGGCUGGUGUUAGUGUCACACCGGGGCAACCUGAUGCCAGUUCUACCCCUGCAACUGCCCCUCAGUUUCUGGCUGAGAUUCAGACUGCUGUGGCCACACCCACUGUUGUCACAGCCACAGGCCAAACUACUCCCACCGAUCAAGUCACCACCAUCACCACUCCCAAGCCUGCAGAUGGUAGUUUAUCCCAUUCCACAGCACAGACCCAGGCUCCUCAGACGCAGUAUGUGACUGCAGAAAUCCAGGGCUCCCCCACGCAGUCUGGAAAUGCUCAAAGCACUCCUCAGUACAUUGUUGUUACAGUCACAGAGGGCUCCCUUCACUCAAGUGACAGUGUGUCGGACUCUAGUCCCCCUCCAGCUGUGGUGCAAACAGGAGUUCCCACACAGGUUGUUCAGCAGGUACAGACGGCUCAACAGAGGUCUGUUGUGCAGGCCACCUCUCAGAUAGCCAAGACUGAGCCAGGCACUCAGCUCAGUGUCACCAGUCUACAGCCUGUUCAUAUCAGCCAGGAGGUCCAGCAGCAGCUCACACCAGUGCCAGUGCAACAUGUGUAUACCAAUCAAGUGCAGUAUGUGGAAGGAGGAGAGACCAACUACACCACCAGCACAAUCCGUUCCAGCGCCUUUCCUUACACUGACGCACCCUUGUACACCCAGACCACAGCUGCCCAGUAUUAUGAAGGUCAGCCAACUUCAGGCUCAUCCACUCCUGGCACACCUCUAACCGUCUCUGUGACUGCUGGCACAACAGGGGGUGUGUCCAUGUUUGUUGCCCAGCCCACCAGUGCAGCAGGGGGAGGGGCCACAGUGGUGACCACAGGUGGCACCACCAAUGGGGCAGGUGAAGGGGCAGGCACCAACGGUGGCGCAGCAGGCAGCUAUGUGAUCCAGGGGGGUUACAUGCUAGGCAGCAGCGGAGGGGCAGCUGGCAACAGUCAGAACUACUCACACACAGCCCGCGCCUCCCCAGCCACUGUGAGUAUUACAGAGGGCGAGGAGAGUAGCGUGCCGUCGGCAGACAAGAAGGUACAGUGGUUGCUGGACAACUAUGAGACAGCUGAAGGAGUGAGUUUGCCACGUUCUACCCUCUACUGCCACUAUUUGCUGCACUGCCAGGAGCAAAAACUAGAGCCUGUUAAUGCUGCCUCUUUCGGGAAACUCAUUAGAUCUGUGUUUAUGGGGCUACGCACACGACGCCUGGGCACACGGGGUAAUUCUAAAUACCACUACUACGGGCUGAGGAUCAAGGCAGGCUCCUCUCUUCUCCGUCUGAUGGAAGACCAGCAACAUCUGGCCAUGAGGCAACAGCCCUUCUCACAGAAACAGAGGUUGAAGCCUGUGCAUAAAGUAGAGGGAAUGACCAAUGGCACAGCAGCAGCAGCAGGAGCAGGCCAACAGCAGGGCUCAGGGCAGGUGGACAUCAGCACCCAGGUUCAGCAGUACCAGCAGUUCCUUGAUGCCUCACGCGCUCUCCCAGAGUUUCCAGACAUCGACCUCCAAGGGAAGUCUCUGCCAGAGGGAAUUGAGGUGGAGCACAUAAAGAGCUUUCAGCUGCUGUACAGAGAACACUGUGAGGCCAUACUAGAUGUGAUGGUCAACCUGCAGUUCACCCUGGUGGAAACUCUGUGGAAGACCUUCUGGAGGUUCAGUCAGAGUCAGGCUGGAGAUGCCACGUUGGCUGUUCAUGACGAGUCAGAAAAGCGCCUCCCGAAGUCCUGCCUUGUGUUGCUGUGCAAGUAUGAUCCGGUGCUGCGCUGGAGCCGGGACUGUGACAACAGCCUGUACCAGGGCCUGGUGGAGAUCCUCAUCCCUGAUGUCCUCAGGCCCAUCCCCAGUGCCUUAACUCAAGCCAUCCGCAACUUUGCCAAGAGCCUGGAGAGCUGGCUGACCAAUGCCAUGAUGAACAUCCCAGAGGAAAUGGUCCGCAUCAAGGUAACAUCAGCCAAUGCAUUUGCCCAGACGCUGCGUCGCUACACCAGUCUGAACCACCUCGCCCAGGCAGCCCGCGCUGUCCUCCAGAACACAGCCCAGAUCAACCAGAUGCUCUCCGACCUCAACCGCGUCGACUUUGCUAACGUCCAGGAGCAGGCUUCAUGGGUGUGCCGGUGUGAAGACCGUGUCGUUCAGCGUCUGGAGCAGGAUUUCAAGCUGACCCUCCAGCAGCAGAACUCCCUCGAGCAGUGGGCUGCGUGGCUGGAUGGUGUAGUCUCCCAGGUCCUAAAGCCCUACCAGCAGAGCCCUGCCUUCCCAAAGGCCGCCAAGCUCUUCCUACUCAAGUGGUCCUUUUACAGUUCCAUGGUGAUCAGGGACCUGACUCUGAGGAGUGCAGCCAGUUUUGGUUCCUUUCACCUGAUCCGCCUGCUGUACGAUGAGUACAUGUACUACCUGAUAGAGCACAGAGUGGCCCAGGCUAAAGGAGAGACCCCCAUUGCUGUCAUGGGAGAGUUUGCCAGUUUAGGCCGGGGUCUAAACCAGCUGGAUCCCGACAAAGAAGAGGAAGAGGAAGAGGAGGAGGAGAGUGAUGAGGAAGGUCAGGAGCUGUCCCUCCCCUCAGACGGGGCCGUGCUUGGAGACGAGUCUCUGGAGCCUCCUGCCAAGCUGGCCAGAAUGGACCAGAGAGUCCUCUUCACAACCGGAUCAGCUGACAACUAACCACAGAGUAACACUAUCAGACCAGUGGGUUGAUUAUAUUGAUUAUACACACACACACACACACACACACACA